AUGGUUGCAAAGAUACCAUCUGAAGAUAUUAGUGCAAAAGUCCAUGUACUAAUGACAACUGACAACAUCCCAGCUCUGGAAACAAUGGCUUGUAAUGUGGACUAUAUAAGUAAGGAUGGCUGCUGCAUCUGCCACGUUGUAGGCCAGUCUCCUGGCCAUGACCAAUAUUUUCAAAUGGCCUCUACCAUAACCAUGCGUGCAUCAGAAAGCUUCAAAUCAAAAUACUUCUGGGCUGUGGACUGGGUCAACUUCAUCUUGUUUGUUAUCUCCACGCUUGUGGUAGAGCAUGUCUGCAGCCAAGUUGCCCACAAGGCGUUGCAUGAUCUUAUCCAAACAGGCAACCUACUCAUAAGCUGGGAGUUAUCAGUAGAGAAGAAAACCUUGAUCAAAACAUAA